AUGUCGGACACAGAGGACGUCGUUGACGAGGAAACUCAGGAGGAAGAAGAUGAAUCCAAACCAAAACCAAAAUUCAUGACCAACAUCGCGGCCCCGAAGAUCCCCGACGGCGGCGAGAAAGUGGACUUUGACGACAUCCACAGGAAGCGUCUGGAGAAAGAUCUGUCUGAGCUUCAGUCUCUGAUCGAGGCCCACUUCGUCCAGAGGAAGAAGGAGGAGGAGGAGCUCGUCGCGCUCGUCAACAGAAUCGAGAAACGUCGAGCCGAGAGAGCCGAGCAGCAGAGAGUCCGAGCAGAGCGGGAGAAGGAGAGGCAGGCCAGGCUGGCCGAGGAGAAGGAGCGCAGGGAGCAAGAGGAGCAGCGCAGGAAGCUGGAUGACGACGUGAAGAAGAAGAAGGUCCUCUCCAACAGGACCCAGCAGUACGGCGCCGCACAGAAGAGCGACAACAAAAAAGGAGCCAAGAAGCAAACGGAGAGAGAGAAGAAGAAGAAGAUCCUGGCUGAGCGCAGGAAGCAGCUCAACAUCGAUCACCUGAGUGACGACAAACUCAAGGAGAAGGCCAACGAGCUGUGGCAGUGGCUGAUGGAGCUGGAGAUGGAGAAGUACGACCUCAAUGAUAAAUUCAAGAAACAAAAGACAGAUAUCAACCUGCUGCUGGUUCGAGUCCAGGACCACCAGAACACCAAGGGCCGCGGCAAGGGAAAGAUGGGAGCCCGGCUGAGGUAAAGUGGACCGCCUCCCAGGAGAAACCACGCCAACGUACCACCUGUAGGCGCCGCUGGCUGGCGAGUGGAGCGUCCAUAUUUCACAUCAAUAAACCACUCCGCCAGCGGAAUAUAGCUUCCAUUUUUCUUUCAUCUGACAUCACAUGGACAAAGAUAAGACCUGCUGGAGGAAAGUUUUGUGGUCAAAAUAGUCAUCUCAUGGAGAUUCCUCAGCCAUUUAGAGAGAUAAUGAACAGUAGGGACCGCAGAUUCCUUCCCCAUCAGCAACAAUGCUAAUCAAGCUUUGUAAGAGCCAACAAUGAUUACUUCGGGCAAAAUUAUGAUCCAGAACAUUAAAUUGUUGAUCCUGGAUAUAAGGAAGGUGAGCUACAAGUUUUAGAAGCUGUGCUAAACAAAUCCAGCCGUAGUGAAACACUAUAGCAUCACGUAGCAGUAUUGCUAAGUGCUAAAACGAGAAAUACAAACUACUAACAUAAUAAAAUGAUCACUUACUGUACAAUGUCUACUCCCACUUCCAUGACGACUGAUAGGAUGUCCAUAUCUUCCCGUUGAGAUGCACACGAAGGGUUUAACAAAGAAGUCUCCCUGCAGACAGUCUUCAGUUGUGUGUGUUUGUCUCUAUCUCCGGUUAUAAAUUGAAUGUCACAGAUGAACAACUUCUAGAUUCAAGGCUAAAUCCUCCAAGUAUGCAUAUGAGGGGCAUGAUUUAUAAUCUAGAAUAACUUUGAUUCGCCGAGAUGCGAUGAUGUGAGCAGCAGGACAUGGCUGCCGACUCUCAGGGCUACUUAGCUGUGUGUAUCAUUGCACUGCUAAGAAAUAGUCUGUCUGCGUUAGCCAUACUUGCCAAC